CCGGGCAUCGGCAAUUAAUUAGACUAUCCUACCCUGAGAAAGAUAAAUUUAUUUACAUAAAGCUUUAAUAUUUGCGUGAAAAAAACUGCACUAAUGCUUUUGGUAUUAUGGAUAACAAUGAACCGUAUAGAGCUACGAAAUUGUGGAAUGAAGUGAUUCUGGCUUUCCGAUCUGGAAUGCCAGUCAAGAAACACAGACAUCGUAUUCAUACAUACAGUGAUUGCUUUACAGCAUCAGAAGCUGUGACAUGGCUGCAUUGUUAUCUACUGAAUAAUCCAAAUUUUGGUCCUGAUGUGACAAGUUCUGCAUUAAAACUUCAAAGAUAUACCAGGGCUCAGCUAGGAAGUGCUGAAAUGUUAUGGAAAGUCGAGGAAAGGAAAAAUAAUCAAGAAAAGAAACAAACUAUUCAUUUAUUACAGAAAUUUUUAAAAUGUCACGUGAUUGAAAGCUGCCUUUUUCAGUCUAAAAAGACUGAAUUCUCUGAUAAUUCUCAUUUAUACAGAUUUAAUGUGUUGUCUCCUCAACAAUACAAAACAUUACCUCUACACCUUAUACAAAAAUCCUCCCCUGACUUUACUAGAAAUAAAGAGAAUGGUUUCCAUAAAGAAAAUUUCACAUCUAAACAUGUACAACAAGCACAGAAAGAAAACCUACCAGAAUGUCGCUUUGUGGAAAGGAAGCUCUCUUUGGCCGAAAUAGCUGCUAUAUGGAAAAGUGUCACUCUAUCCAGGUUGGCAAAGACAGUGCCCUCAAUAAUUGAUAUUUUGGAUGAAAAUUUCAUUGAUGGUCAUGUAAUAAAACAUAAUGUAUCUCGUCUUAGCAAGACUGGUGUUGUUUGUCUCAUAGAUAAAACAGAUGACAUUCCACACUGGAUUAUAUCAGCCAUGAAGUGUUUAGCGAAUUGGCCUAAUGCAAGUGGAAGUGGCAGUUGCUUACCAAAUUAUCCUGGAUUUGAAAAAGAUGUAUUUAAAGUUGUGAGGGAUUUUUUUUUGAAUCCACAAGUUCCUUUACUACCAUCUUCAUUAUCAUUGGUUCUCAUAAAAGUUUUUUGUCAUUUUAUGCAAAGUCCUUUUGAGAAUUCAAAUAAUGAAUUUUCAUACACUGAAGGAAGAUCAAAUUCAUCUGCACCUGAUGUGAAGACAUCUACACCUGUGUAUAAUAAUGAUUCUGUAGCUGUGCAUUCUGAGACAGAAAACUUUUCUGUACGAGAAAAUUAUGAAGGUAGACUGCUGCUUGACGAUCCCAAAGCAAUGUGGGAUUAUCCAUCUGUUUAUUUUGAAACAGAUUUUGAAACCAUAAAUCCAGUAACUAGAAUGAUACCUGAUAAUCACAUUUUUAAAGCAAGGAACACUUGCAAUCAGAUUCAUGGAAGUGCUGAAUCAAUCAGCACAAUCAGUGUUUGUAGUCAGCAACAGUUCCAUACACCAGUCAGGUCAUGGAAUUCUGAAUUAAAUUUACAAGAUGAUAAAACACCUCUUGUUUCUCAGAAUUCGUUACUCUCAUCAAGCAAAAAAAUAUCUUCAUUUAAAAGUCUCAACUCUUCAAAACAAAGUCGCACAGUUCACAGAUAUUCAUAUUCAUCAUGUGUGUAUUCGAAUGCGAACAAUGACUUAAAUACCUCAAGCUCAAGUUCAAAAACAAUUAUUGCAACUGAUGAAGCUGUUGAAUCUAAUAACGGCAAAUUUCCUGAAAGUGAAUCAAAUAAAUGUUUGGAAUCUCACAUAGAAAAUUCAUUGCAGGCUAAUAAUUCUAACUGUAUUUCUAGUCAUUCAGUUCAUUCAUCUCAAAAUCAAAAUUUAUGUGCUAGUUCAGGAUAUAUGGAAGAAAAAAUAUAUCCUGAAGAACUUAAGUCAUGCUUUCAGUUGAUACUGCUAUUCUUACUACCUCCAAACAGAAGACAACUUCAUUUAUUACUUCGUGUAAUAAGUAAAAUACUGAAAAAUGGCAAAUUGAUUUUUGCAGAUUUGAAGUGUUCCAUGAGGGAAUAUCUUUUGGAAACAUUUCUACCAGCUAUAGUGCAAUGUGAAAAGAAUCAAAAAGUUAUUUAUGAAAUGGUGUCUUUCCUCUUGGAUAACUGCGAAGCAUUAUUACAACCACCAAGUGACCUCAAAAAUGAAGUUGAAGAAAUGUCUCAGUUACGAAGGAUUAAAUGUUCUAUGGAUGAUACCUGUUUUCUAACAUAUUGUGAACUGGUUUCAAAACAGCAGUAUGAAGAACAAAAAGUAACUCUCUCUACUGAAGCUCUUAAAGACCUUCUAACAAGUAUCAUGAAUGACAAAAAUAUUAGUGCUAAAGAAAGGAAAAAGAAACUUAGACAAUUUAAAGAAAAUCAUCCGGAGGUGUAUUACCUGCAGUUUCCUGAAAAACUGGAUGAACAUUCAUCAAAAUUGAAGAAAUCUUUUUUAAACAGACUAGUGAAUUUACGAAUAUAGCAGGUCUAAAAAAUAAUAAAAGAAACGAAAUACUGCAAAUAAUGUUAAAACUAUAAUAUAAUAAUCAAUCUCAAGUAACAGGUUUUGGAUAUGAGAAAAUUUCAUAAUUUAUUUGCUGAUAUUCUUAUGCUGAGUAUUUAAUUAGCACAUAUUACUGAUAUGUGAUGGAGACAAACAAAAUUUAAUAUUUCUUGCAUUAAGUAUGUACUUAAUGUUAGUUUACCAUUUUGAUAGGUUUGUUACUGUAAUUUCAAUAAUAUAUUUUUACAUCAUUAAUAAUAUGUUUUAUUGUGCAGAUUCAUAAUUUUUUGCUAUAUCAUGGUUUUGUGCCAUAGAUAUUUUUAAUUGUG